CUCCAGAACCGGAACAUGUCCUGGGAGUCUGCUCUUUGAACAAGGAAGCCUUGCUGGGGCAGAGGGAUGGACAGGAUUUGGAAGCUGGUUUUGUGAGUCACUGUGAACUCUCAGCACCCGCCCACUUGAGGCCAACUUUGAAAGCUCAGCUUGUAUGAACUGUCGGACCAGGUCCAGGUACUGGGACUUUCUCAGUGGCCUUGUUAGCUCUCAGCUGCUGAGAACAGCCCUGAGUUGAGGAAAUUGUGGCCGGACAAACAGCAAGGCAGUUCUGCUCCCCUGUCAGUCACUCUGCUGCUGGCUGGCUGCAGCUGAGCCCGUGCCCAGCAGCGUGUCUGGCGGGAGAGGAGCCGGCUGACCCGUCUGUCCUCUGGGGAUGUGGGGGCUGGCUCUCGUCCUCACACUUUUGUUCGUCAAGGGGCUUCAGGGCCAAGAUUCUGCUAAACGUGUGGUUGGACUCUCAGGAACAUGUCUCCGGUUAUGGCCUCCCACGACACUGGCAAAGAACAUAGAAUCUGUUCAAUGGAAGAGGCCGGGGCCCUCACCUUCAGAAUUUUCUGUGAUACUGACAUGGAAGUGUGGGUCUAAUUAUUGCAGCGAUAAAAAUUGGACUUUGAAUCAUCUCAACAAAAGAUUCGGUUUUAUAACCCAGAACUUAAGUCUCACCAUCCAGGCAGCUCAGCAGCAGGACAGCGGCUUCUACAUCUUUGAGGCGACUGAUGAGCAUGGAAAAGUUAAGAACUACACGUUCCAGGUUUCUGUGUUUGAUCACGUAGGGGAGCCCCACGUACUACAGGACUUGAAGGACCUGGAGGGAGGGAGGUGCCAAGUGACUCUGUCCUGCUCGGUCCCCAGCGGUGAUAACGUGAGCUAUGAUUGGUAUAGAGGGAGCGUGCUGAUCGAGACAGCAAGGAAUCACAGCACGCUGGAGGACCAGAUCGAUGCCAACAGCUCGCACAUAUAUACCUGCAAUGUCAGCAACUCGGUCAGCUGGACAAACCGCACCUUCAUCCUGCAGUGUCCGGGUGACUCCCAGCAGGACAAGUCUCUGCACUUGUUGGUGAUCAUCGUGGUCCUUCUAAUCACGCUGUUCCUGGGCGCCCUCACCGGCUUCUGUGUGUGGAGGAGGAAGAUGAAGCAGUCACAGGACGGCACAGAGGAGUUUCUGACGGUUUAUGAAGAUGUCAACAACGUGCAAAUCAAGAGGAAUCAGGAGCAGAAGCCGAAUCCCCCUGGAGAAGGGAGCACCAUCUACUCCAUGAUCCAGUCCCAGCCUUCUGCUUCCACAUCACAAGAAGCAAACACCUUGUAUGCAUUGGUACAGCCUUCCCGGAAGUCUGAAUCCAAGAAGAAGAACCACGGCCCUUCCCUCAAUAAUACUAUCUAUGAAGAGGUUGGAAAGAGACAGCUCAAAGCCCAGAACCCAGCUCGACUGAGCCGCAGGGAGCUGGAGAACUUUUCUGUGUAUUCCUAGUUGCUGCCGCUGGUCUCCCUUCUCUCACAUCCCAGUAUCUGCUUUGGGACUCAGCCCAGUGGACGAUACCACAUGAGUCUACAGAAUGGUGCCUGGUCUGGAGAGGAUACGGGAGUUCGUUCGGGGUCUAUAUCUUGUUCUUAACAUGAUUUCUCUCAGCCAAGACUGUUAAAUAAUAGCUCUCAACUUACAGACUGGACAAGACUGGGCGGAGAGGUUGGGUAGUUCGCGAAAGACUGCAAAGCAGGUCCACGGGUGGGUGCACCACGAGUCUCUCAAAUGCUAUGCAAAUGCAGAGUGUUGUAUUAUUAGCAUCAAGAUCCCUUCCCCUGGAUUUCUAAUGUGUUCCUCAUCUCUCCUCUUCUUUAAUCUGAGAUGGCCACAUUUCUAGACCCUCCCUUGCCCCAGGCCCCUCUUCCAAAGGGGAAGGAAAGAUCAUGGUGACUCAGGGGGAGAGAAACAGCUCCACCCCACGAGGAUGAACUAAGUAGCUGUAAGCUGCCGGCAGGUUCUCCAAGGGACCAGACUUAGGCUGUCCUCAAAAACAGAGGAAAAACUCCCCCACCACAUAGUAAACCUUUACCUCUGGCCGCUUGGUCACAAGGGAGAGGGCAGGAGUGAGAGCAGAUGGUACAAAGUAAACCCAUCUCAGAGUGGAAAAAUCACCGUGAGUCCACGCUUCCCAAUAAUUGGGCCGUGGGACCAGUUUUGUCUGCGGUAUGAUAUGUGAUUAUUAACCCGUUAUUGAUUAAAAAACAUGUUCAGAAAUCUGUCUUAGCUUCUUCACAAUUAGAGACCAUAUUCUGUUCAAGUUCUGAGUGCCGAUGAGCGCUCUCCACGGCGCAUGCUGGAGGGAGGGCUCAGCCAGCCGAGCAGCUGCGAGUUAGGCACUCUGCUGGGCUCCCAGAGUCCUCGGGCCAGACUCUUCCACCAGGCUGUGGGGCCCAGGCCUGAGACUGGCUGAGCCCAGGAGACGGGUGAGGGUGAACGGGAAGAGGUCCGACUCAGAGACCAGACGCCCUAAGGCAGCAUGUGGAGCCUGGUUCUUCAAUUACCCCGCUCUGUAUUUAACAUAUGAAUUUAACAGAAGACUAUGCUGUUAUUCGGAGGCAAUCUAAAUUUCUUUUCUGAAUGCUUCCCCUCCGUAUUCUGUACUUUUCCUCUCUGUCGUAGCCAAAGGGCAGUUGUGCCCAUCACUAAACACAUGUCUGAUUGAUUCCUA